CCCCCCUGUGAGACAAUUACGACAAGUGCGUACGCGAAAUCUGGCCGCGUGAGAUCGCGCAGCUCCGGUCCGGUCUUUCCUCCGUCACGGCGUCAUUGACGAACGAUCCCGCAGUGUCUAUCCCGGAACCGAAGGGAUCGGCGGCGAAUCGAGGCUCGCCGUGAAGAUUUUUAGCAUUUUAUUCGAAACAUUCUUCUCGAAUCACGUGGGAAGGUGCGCGCCUGUCGUGCGCGACACGGCAAUCGGUUUUACAAAUCGGUUCUCGACUUUUCUUUCACCUUUGACUUUUCAUCGUCGCACAACUUCGCGGAAGCUCACAGUAGGAGUAUCCUACGAAGGGAGGUCCCAAUGUUUCUUCUUCGGAUAAUGAUAACCAGUGGUGAAGUAGUGAUAGUGCGUUACGUGGGGAUCUGUUCGUCGCGUCGAUCUUUCGCGGGAGGAUUCUCCUGUGCGUAAUCACGACCGCGAGAAGAGGGUACGCGCGUGAGAUAUAUCGAUAAGGCCAGCGAGACCGACAAAAGAGAGGGAAGAGAAAACGCGAGGUAAUGCACGUCAGCUCUCGCCGAUUAAUAAUCAGAAGGAGGGAAAAAGUGAAAGAAAAAAGAAGAGAGACAGGACCAGCCUAAAUAAAGUCAUUUAAAGAUCGGCCUCAACCGAUCGUCAUCAACGGGGAAACGACCCGCCAGGAUCAUUCGCAGUGUACCGAGUAUCCUCGGCCGCUGUCGGAUAUCGGGCAAAGGAGAGGAUCGAUGUCACCUCGCGAAUCGAUCGCGCGUCGUUUCUCGCCGAGUCGUCGGUCCGGAAUCCGGCGAUCAGCUGAUCCGGCAGAUAAGAAUUGCGCGGCCGUUACCGGGGCGCGCGGUGUGUAACGUGUAAUCGUAAACCGGUGCGACCGACGCGGCAGCCGCAAGAAUGCGAGAGAAUCGAAAGCGCGACGACGGUGCAUGGACGGUAACAGCGGACUGGCAGCCGCAUCCCUCGUUCUCAGCGGCCCACGUCGUCUCGAGGCACCCUCUUCGGAGGCGGAAGUGACCGGAAGUUGGCCUUCUUAAUAUCAAUUGGCAGCGCGCGCGGUCAUCAUCAACCGUACCGACCGAUGACACUUCUCGCGAUUGUUAAACACGGAAUCGCGAGGAGGAUUUACAUAAGAGAUCUAUAAUAAAUCCAGAGGAAACGGCAGUAAUCCCCAACGCGGACAAGAGGGAGGAGGGUAAAGGAGGAAGAGUCGGAUGAGACCGUCAUGCCCGCUGAGAUCGGCACGGGCGGGCAUAGGGUGCUGCACUGUGAUUCCCAUGCCGACCGCCCAAUUGCGAUAUCGAUUUACGUGCCGUCCCCGUCGAGCGAUGAGCGCCGAAUCAAUCGCGUAAACUCGCCCGUGAAAACGGUGUUCAACGAUGACAAAUUGAACGAGUCGCAGGGAGAAGCUCCGAAGGAUCAGCCACAAAAGACUGAACGUCGCGUGAGAAAAGCGGAGUCGUCAGACCGCGGGCGCGGAAAGAACCCAUCAUGUAAUCACGGUGAAAGUUCACCCACGAGGAUUCUGAGAAUCGCUGGCAAAAAGGAAACGGUCCAAGGCGGACGUCACUUCCUGGCAAAGAGUGGCGCGUCGCAGCGGCAACGAAGGGGAGGGGGAGGAGAGGAGGACGGCGACGGAUUUCUCGGAGCAUGUCGCGCGUCGAGGGAAUCUCCGUACGGGAACGAGGAUGUCACCAGGGACGAACGUUUCUCGGUCACGUGGAGCUCGCGGGAGGACGCGGGCGAGGACGGGAGGCUCGUGCGAGGAACGGAGUCGCGGCUGCACCGGGACGACGGGACGGAGCGAUAUCGGCUCGCAGUAGCGGAUGUGAGGGUGAACACGAUCGCGAGGCGUCGAAGUCUCCGGAAUCGAUCCUGGACGAGACCACGGCCGUCGUCGUCCCGCGGGAGUAGGGCGGCUCUCGACGCGGAUCUGAUCGGCGAUCAGCCGCGAACUACAGGGGGUGAUCCUCCUCUCUCUAGUCACCACUCGCGCGCUAUUCGCGCGGAGGUAGAAAUCUAUGGGGACGGACGUCGAGACGUCGACGAGAGGUUUCUCGGCGUGAAAUUCGGUAGUGAGACGCGGACGGAUGAAGACGAACGAUCGGACGAUCCGGGACGACGUGAUGUACGCCCGGAGGACAGGCGGGAUAAGAGGCCCGGCCAGGAUUCCACGGACAGGAAGCGGCUCGAUCGCGUUCGCUCUUUCCUGCAGCUGGCCGUCCUCGUCUUCCUAAUCGCGUUCGGACGAUACGGGCCGCUCGGCUCGUCCAGUGUGCUUGGAGUCAGUGCUAGACCGGUCGCGAACGGCUUAAGUGUUUUGGGAAUUAUCGGUGCAGUGAACGCGAGGUCAGUCGAUCUGACCGGCGACGCGGGUACGCGGGCCGAGAGAUCGGCCAAUCUCUCUCACAUCACCGGAACCUCGAGGAAAAUACAAAUGUAUAUCAUGAACCGGCACCUGCAGAUCCUGCCGGAUGGUACGGUGAACGGUGCCAAGAACGACAGCUCGAUCUAUACGUUUUAAUCAAAAGGGAAUGAAAUCGUCCUUUUCGAAAGGACGAAGAGAAAAUGUGAGAAAAUGAGGAUCGAGGCCCAGAACAACUAUAAAUAUAAAACCGACGACUGAAACUCUGGAACCCCUGCAGCUGAUAGCACUUAGCUCCCAAUGGCACACGUAGCAUGCUGCGCGGUUGAUUGGCCCGGUGCUUUUAAUUGAAAUAUCCCGGACGUAAGUAACUCAAACGAACGUUGAAGGAAUGCUAAUGAUCGUUUAAUCGAUCACUUAUGUACUGUUCUUUAUCCUCGUAAACGGACAUAAUUUCUUUUAAUCGAUUUCUUUCUCCUUUCUUUUAGAGAAAAGGUGAACGUACGAGAAUAUAAAGUUGUUACUUCACAAUUGAAUGCUCACUCCACUUCUUUCUUCGAGACGCGAGGAAAUAAAACCUUGGAUUAAAAGUUAAUGUAGGAAGGAAAACGUACGCGCGUAAUAAAGAUGUUCGCGGGACUGUAUAUCUGAUUUCUUAUCUGCAAUUGAUAUGACUAUCGCGAGCGAGAAGAUUGCCGUGAAAUUACUGCUAAGUGAUUUGAUAUGGUAAUGUUGUAUGUGCACCGCGGAGCUUAGAAAUGCGAAGUAGAGAAUUAAAGGCGCGAUAUUGCAUGAUUAACAAGCCCGUGACGAUUUGCGGGCUACAGCCGCGGUGACCGCGUGUAAUCGAGUAUAUUUGCACUGCUAAAUAUCUGCCAGAUUGCUAUAAUAAUUACUAUGCAAUUAUGUUGCCUUUGAUUUAUCGCUCGCGAUUGCGAUAUGCAUCGGGAACGACGGACGGUCGGUUCCGCUUGCGCUAUCAGCUGUUAAAACCGAGCGAUUAAAGGCAGACCAGCAAAGUGAGACCUUUCGCGAAUGUGACGAGGAGCUAUCUUGAUUAACGGUAAACCCGCGAUUGUGGUACGCGGAAAUUGUUGCGUAUUCGCAAUUGGCGAUGCGAACUCGCGGUCGCGAAGGCGCCGGAAGGCGUCGCGUCGCGCCGUGCGCCGUCGAGUUAUCUCGACGCGACCAAUCGGCAAGAAAUACGAUCGGCUGAUUAGAUUCCAAAAUUAGUCGAUGGAAUUCCGCGCGCGACAAUUAGCGAGAACCGGCGUGGCGCAAUUAUCGCCCGAUAGUCCGGAUUUCAAUGUCGCUAGACGCGACUUUUUCCGUCACGUGCGCGACAUGUUAAAAUCGAAUAGCGCGAUCUGCAUUAGGAUGUGCAUCGAAUAGUUGAUCAUCGACAGCUGCUAAUCCCAGGAUUAUCCUACGAUGCAAAUCGUAAUAAUAAUUAUCUUCUAUUAGACAUCAAGCAAAACUGCAAAACUAAUUAUCACGCGAAAUCAUUUUGUAUCGACUCGAUUCUGCCAGAUUAGGGUGCAAGGUCGCUCUCCUUAUGUCGGAUUCUAUCGAAUGGAACGUGUUCGCGUGCAAUAUGCCAAGUCAUCGAAGCAUUCACAGGUCUGUCGAUGAUAAAUGACUUGGAGUUACUUCCCCGACUGUCAUCGAAAAAGUUGCGAUAAUUAAUUGCUAUGAGUGUAACUUGUCACCAUGCAAAUCGUUUCAUAAUAUUUAUAAAUUAUGGAAUGAUCUACAAAUAACAAUAUGAAGAGAGUAUAUGGCUAAAUGGAUAAAGAUAGUGAAAGAGUAUUAUUUAAAACUAGCAAGAAGAAUACAAAUUGACAAUUGGCAUUACAAAAACGACGUUUGAAAACCACGAUAAUUUAAUAGAGAAAGCGGCGACGCACCUAGUACGAACAAAUGAAUGAAUUUUGCAUGCGGGAUUUCCGAGAAACAACUUAGCACGCAAAUCUUAAGACAAAGGUGCAGUGAUUCACUCUGUGAAGCCAAUCACUUGUAUUGAAAUCGAUAAAGAUAACGUUCUCGUAUCCAAUUCCCUUAUUCUAAAUUCGUAAUUCGAUAAUAUUGUAUAUCUGUCAACGACAUAGAAACAGCCAUUUCCGCAUGUGCGAAGGCGUUAUGUGCUAGAUGUAACUUCCAAGAAAACUAAUACGUCUUGUGGAUAUAUAAGAGAUAGGUCUCAAUAAAGAUAUCUUCAAGAUAUUUUUAAAAGAUGUCUAGAAGUAAAAAAAA